AUGCAUAUGCUAGGCUGCGUUCAAUCAGUGGCGACGCUGGCGCCAACCUUUACAGCUCGAAGCGCAGGUCAGGCACGUAAGCGUCAAGAUGAUAAGACGCCGCUGUCGCUGCCGCCGCCGACGGUGUCUGCUGCUGCAGCUGUAAGAGAUUUGAGGCUGAGCAGCAGCAGUUGUGCGUCUCACAGUUGUCUGCUCGGCCAAGUCACGGCACAGCGCUACUUGGAGCAGCAUCCAGAGCAGCAAGGACGUGGAAGAGGGGACUACACCGCCUGCGGUCGACCAGUGUGCGCCACCAAUGGAUAUUGCUAUCGCUCAUUCCAGAACAUUUGCUGCCUGAACUCCUUCAAUUUGCAACUGCUCUUCGCUGGACAAAGGGAAUUUGUGGAAGCUGACAUGCAGCACUGCUUGCCAAAACCAACUUGGUUCGACUACAACACACCCUACAGAGCUCGUCCGCUACCCUCGUCCUCCUCCUACGCCUAUGCAGCCGCCUAUGAGUCGCCCUAUUCAUACGAGCUUGGUGCUGCACAGGCCAGUGGCUCUCUGGCACCAUACCCUUCAGAGUCAUAUAAUCCUUAUCGCUUCUAUAAAUCACAAACACAGGACAUCUAUUCCCCGACGAACGGGUUUGGGGGAAGAACUGAUUAUACUGGCACAUGGGAUCGUUACAGGGGAAUGCAGGAAUACUUUACUGAGCAGCCUGCACCUACAACAUCCACUGCAACAGAAUCCACAACAAUAGCAUCUACAUCCAGUUCAACAGCUACUGCCACUGCGGAAUCCACGGUGCCAACGACAUCAGUUGCAACAACAGCAACCACGGGAGCAAAUGCAGCAGCUAACGCUCAAUCCCCAGUAUCAACUACACCGACAUUCGCAUUAGGCUCAAGCACGGGAGUUACAACAGAAUCCACUCCAAAACCAUCCACAACGAGUGCCAUAGAAAUUACGAGCACAACAGUUUCAACACAGCCUACACAGAUCUCAACUGAGAGUUCAACAACAGUCUCAAGCACAACAGCAACCACACCAUUUAUUUCAUCUUCAAGCUCAACAGCUACAACACCAUCCAUACAAGAGUCUGCUUUAGUAGGGGUAUUGAGUACAGCAUUUAAGGAAGAAUCAAUACAACCAUUGUCAACCAAUUCAACAGGAAUGUUCAAUUCCUCAGGUAUAACACAGUCCACAACAAAUUGUUCCACAACAAAUAUACAACCUGCGCCAAGAAAUUUAACAGCACAGCCAAGCACAGGUGCGCCUACAACACAGUUCACACUACCAUCCACAACAACACAAGAAACUACACUAUCUACACAGCUGCCCACAGUUAACUUCACGACACAGCCCACCACUAAAGCAACCACAAUACUAUCCACAAUUCCAUCUACAUUAGAAUCUAACACAACAACAAGCACUCUGGUCUCUCUGGUCUUUAGAGUGCCCGACAGCAGAGUCUUCAGACUCGCACUGGCCUCGCAGAUAACCCAUCCAAUAACUGGGCAUAAGACGUGCGCCGACGAGACCAAUUUGGAGCUGAAAGUUAAGGGCAUAUCGGAAACGCUCAAGUUUACUGGAUGCCUCUUCAAUAACUCAGCCCGCUCUGAAUCGAAUGACGGCACCACCUCGACGAGCCCAACGCCCAACAGCAGUACACAUAAAUCAGUUAACUAUAAGCCUUAUGGUUACCUCUUUGGCUUUGCCUAUGGCAGCGGUUAUGGAUCCGGUUAUGGACCCGGCUACGGAUCUGGUUAUGGACCCGGCUAUGCGAGCGGCUCCGCUGCGGCGGCUAAGCCCCAUAGCUGGGCUCAAUAUUAUCAUCGGCCCUAA